GCGAAGACUCCGGGUGAGCAGAACCAGCUGAAAGCAGGUGGCGGAGCAGAGCCGGAGCAGAGCCAUGGGCCGGAUUACUGAAGAUCUUAUUAGACGAAAUGCAGAACAUAACGACUCUGAAAUUUUUUCCUUGGAGGAGCUCUCGUUGCACCAACAAGAAAUUGAAAGACUAGAAAAUAUUGAUAAAUGGUGUCAGGAUUUAAAAAUUCUCUACCUUCAAAACAAUCUCAUUGCAAAAAUUGAAAAUAUCAGCAGAUUAAAGAAAUUACAGUAUCUGAAUUUAGCUUUGAACAACAUUGAAAAAAUUGAAAAUUUGGAAGGAUGUGAAGGAUUGGAAAAACUUGAUCUGACAGUAAAUUUUGUUGGAGAAUUGAGCAGCAUUAAAAUUCUUCGGCAUAAUAUACAUCUUAAAGAAAUUUUUCUUAUGGGUAAUCCAUGUGCAGACUUUGAAGGAUACAGAGAGUUUGUGGUUGCUACUCUCCAACAAUUGCAACGUUUGGACGGCAAGGAAAUAGAGCGAUCAGAGAGGAUUAAGGCAUUGCAGAACUUCUCAGUAAUUGAACAAAAAAUCAGAGACCAGGAAAAGGCUUAUUGUCUCAAAAGAUCGAAAGAGAAAGAAGAGGCUGAGAGAAAACUUCAAGAAGAGGAAGAGAAGGAAAAACAGAAGGAAAACAGAAAUAAUCUAGACUUCAAUGACCAUUCGUACAUGGACACCAACAACUCUAUUCCAUAUUCUCUGCUGCAAAAGAAGGAAAACGAACAACCAGCAACAGAAGAGAAGAAGGUUAAUGAAAAGACACCAGAUGAAUUGGACAAAGAAUUCUGGGAGAAGCCCACCUUAUUUACCCCUGAGUCUAGAAUAGAAACUCAUAGAUACUUGGAAAAACAAAGGAAAGAUAAAGAAAGAUUAAGUGACAAAAAGAAGAAACAAAAACCACCUAGGACUUUGAUCACUGCAGAUGGACGAGUCUUGAAUAUUAAUGAACCCAAGCUUGAUUUUUCUUUGAAAGAUGAUGAAGAAAAUAAUCAAAUUGUCCUGGAUCUUGCUGUAUAUAGGUUCAUGGAUACUUCUCUAAUUGAUGUUGAUGUACAGCCCACUUACGUCCGAGUAAUGGUCAAGGGUAAGCCAUUUCAACUUGUACUUCCUGCCGAAGUGAAACCUGAUAGUAGUUCUGCUCAAAGAUCUCAGACAACUGGACACUUGGUGAUCACCAUGCCAAAGGUAGGAGAAGUAAUUGUGGCUAACAGAAAAGCAUAUAAGCCUAUGAAAAAUCCAGAAAAAAACAAAUUGCAAGAAAAGAAAAGAAGCAAACAAAUUGAGAAACUAGAGGUAGAUCCCAGCAAGCAUUCUUUCCCUGAUGUGACUAAUAUAGUCCAAGAGAAAAAAAACAUUUCAGGACGAAUCCAAGAUAAACCUCAGGUUGUACCCUGUGCUGAAGACCCAGACUUUGAAGAUAAUGCUGAAGUACCACCUUUGAUUUAAACUUCAGAAAAUACUUUGAUUAUGAUCUGCAAGAUCUAUUUCCUUCAGAGAAUGCAUCAUAUCAAGUUACAAUUACGUUAUAGUUUAAUUUAUAGCAAAAUGAUUUCCAUUGUAUUUCUAUCUACUCUAAAUACUAUUCUUUUAAAUAACAGAUUUUGUUUAUGUACCUCUGAUUCUGUUGUAGCACAUCAGAAAUUAUUUAAAUUUUAUUAACAUUUAGUAGCUUUUUUUCUACUGAGUUUUUCACAUAAAUCACAGCAAUAUCAUAAGAACAUAUGAAAGAAAGCAUAUGGUCAAUAGAUGAACAAACUGGUCACAAGAGUGGGAAAGUAGUCAUUAGUUAUUAUAUACUUAUGUAGAACCAUUAUUCUACAGUUAAUUGGUUAAGGAGGUUUCUGUUUUCUGUAUGUUUAAAAUUUUUCUAUUUGUGAACCUGGAUUCUAGUGUCCUCAGGUUAGAGAUGCAAGGGAGUAGGGAGCAUAACAGUCUGAUCUCAAGGCAGAAUAGGCUUUUGUGUCAAGCAGAGAUUUGAGCUCUUUAUUGGCCUCUACCAAUUGUCUGGGAUCGAGGAGAGAUCAGAGGUUACAGGCUAGAGCAGGGAAAGGGAAACUAGUGUGGGGGAGAAGCCACGUUGGGAAGUAGCACUGAGGUUCCAUUGUCAGUGAAGGAAAUCACAGAAGUUUAGCCCUGAGAGCUCUAUGGCCUCCAUAGGAAAGGGGACUGUGGUACACAGCUAGGAAAACAGAGGAAAGGAGGCAUCUCCCUGCAAAGGUCAGAAGUAGCAAUUACACUCAGCCAUGAAGGAAACUUGCUUCAAUAAACCAGUCACGACAAGGAGAAUUCAUUAAACGUGAAACAGAGCUUCCAAAGCUGGAGCCAUUGGCCUUUCUGUGGGGCAACUCCUUGAAUCAGUGUAGGCAUGCGGACCCCCAGAGAGGAAGUCUUCAGCUGCCAAACAAUGGUGGAUUUCUCUUGAUUAAGGAAGAAUAUGGACAAGAACAAUGUUUCUAUUGGUAUGGGCCUGACAAGAUUAACCCUUUUUAAGUCUUGAAGCUUUGAAGUUAUCUGAUGCAGGUCAGGAAUCCACACCCAGAACUGAGGUUAGAGAAGUUACUUCUUUAAGGGUUGAGAACCUUAAGAGACAUAAACCAGUUAAAUCUGUAUGAGCUGGAAAUCUAGAGAUUAACAUAGCAGCUAAGCCCAUUUAGGAGCAACCCAGGAGAUUCUCAGUAAACGACCUGGAAGGUGAUCUGACCAGCAAAGAGGGAGCUAAGGAAAAGAAAAGUCCUAAUUUCUUAUACAUUUUUCUGCCAAUCUAGAAUAAACUAGUUAGACCUCUCUGAUCUUGUAAAUGUUUUUUUGUGAUUUGUUAUAACUAUACUAAAGCUUUCCUAGGUCUUAGUAAAACCGUUCCCAGUUUAGCUUACCAUAUACAACAAAGCCCAGUGCUGAAAUACCAUAGGUGAAAUCAGAUCUUUCCCAAACAUAAAAAUAAUAUACAAUCACACAGUAAAAGAUUGAUAUAACAAAAUAAGCUUAUGGUAUGUACAAUUCUGCUUUCCUUCUAAGCAAGUAUUAUAUAGAAACUCUUCUUAAUAGGAUUUCCAUUCUUAUCCAAAGACUGUGCAUGAUAGUGGGUGUAAGAAAUAAUGGGCUUUUUGCCAAUGCCCAAAGGCCCCAA